CCAAAGCUACAAGCGGCAGUUGAUAGCAGCAUGUCUGCUCUAACUUGGACUAAACUCCAGCUGAGACAACACAACAUACGGGUACUUCUUCAAAAAGCAGUCAGUGUCUGUCCAAACCAAGACUCCAGACACUGCAGCUCUGGGAAGCACAGAAGGAGGGUUGUUAUUACUGGGAUAGGGUUAGUGUGUCCUCUGGGCACAGGCACUGCACUGGCCUGGGAGCGCCUGGUGAAAGGCCACAGUGGGAUUGUUGCUCUUCACUCAGAGGAGUACAGGACUGUCCCCUGUAAAGUGGCAGCCCUGGUGCCCAGAGGGAAUGAACCGGGUCAGUUCAACGAGGAGAACUUUGCCUCUCGUGGGGAGAUCAACAGCAUGUCACCAGCCACUGUAAUGGCUCUUGGAGCUGCUCAGCUGGCUCUAGAGGACUCGGGUUGGUUCCCCAAAACCCCAGAAGAACAGCUCAAUACUGGGGUGGCUGUUGGCAUGGGCAUGGUGUCAUUGGAAGAAAUCUCUCGCACCUCCACUGCCUUCCAAGAGAAGGGCUACAAAAAAGUCAGUCCCUUCUUUGUACCUCGCAUCCUUGUCAACAUGGCUGCUGGGCACAUAAGCAUCCGGCACAAACUGAAGGGUCCAAACCAUGCAGUAUCCACGGCAUGCACCACGGGCGCACACGCCAUAGGUGAUGCAGCCAGGUUCAUUGCCCACGGGGAUGCAGUUGCUAUGGUUUCAGGGGGGACAGAAUCCUGUGUGGGCCCUCUGGCAGUAGCCGGCUUUGCAAGGGCACGCGCCCUCGCCACCAAAUGGAACGACAACCCCACGCAGGCGUCGAGACCCUUUCACCCAGAGAGAGACGGCUUUGUGAUGGGCGAGGGAGCGGCGGUGCUGCUUCUGGAGGAGCUGGAGCACGCGGUGCAGAGAGGAGCCAGGGUCUACGCUGAGGUCCUGGGGUACGGACUCUCAGGGGACGCCAGCCACAUCACUGCACCCACUGCAGACGGAGAUGGAGCAUUCAGGAGCAUGUCUGCAGCGCUCAGAGAUGCUGGCGUCUCCCCGGCAGAUGUGACGUACGUGAACGCUCACGCUACUUCCACUCCUUUGGGUGAUGCAGCGGAAAAUGCCGCCAUCAAGAGGCUCUUCCAGCACAGCUGUGAGAACCUGGCUGUCUCCUCCACGAAGGGAGCCACGGGACAUCUGCUCGGGGCCGCAGGUGCCCUGGAGGCGGCGUUCACCGCUCUGGCCUGCUACCACGGGGUCCUGCCCCCGACCCUCAACCUGGACCGAACCGAGCCAGAGUUCAACCUGAACUAUGUUCGCUGCACAGCGCAGCCGUGGAGCGCUCGGGGCCGGCGGGUCGCCCUCACAAACUCAUUUGGAUUUGGCGGCACCAACGCCUCGCUGUGUCUCAGCAGCACGAUGACGAACCCUUUAUAAAGAACUGAGAUCAUCUGCAGCUGUCAGCAGAACGGGUCAGAACUUCUGGUUCAGAGCUUCAAAGCUUUAAACUGUAAAGAUUAAAAUAAUAAAUCCUUGUUGUUUUGGGGAAUGUGAGUAAAACUGUAUUCUGCUCUCAGCUGCAGGAUCUGCUCAUCAAGUUUAACUGUUACAAGAUCAAUAAUAAUAUAAUAAUAAUAAUAACUUUAUUUAUAAAGCACCUUUCAGACAAGAAGUGCAGCCCAAAGUGCUUCACAGCAGGAACAUAACACUUAGUACAGAUUAGAAUAAGAACAUUUACAGAACAAUAAUCAGUGUUGAUGUAAAUGAGUCUGAAGCACCGUUAUAACAAUAGCAGAAUUAAAACAGUAUAAAUAACACUGGAGAUCAUGUCUAGUGUCCGUAUCUGUGCCGUACUGAACGACCUCCUGAACCACGUUUCAUCACCACUCCUGUAGAUGUUUUGAAACUGUCAGAGCCACAUGUUGAAAGCAUGAGAUCCACACUGUGACCUUCAGCUGGUUUAAAGACAGUUUCUCUCCAACAAUCUCACAUUUAUCAGAGAAGCUUCCUCUUGUUCCCGUGGUAACACCGGUCCACUCAGGUUUCUCAAAAAUACACUCUGAAGUUUAUCUCAGUUACUUUAAACAUGCAAUAUUAAACCAGGUAUAGCAAAACAUUUA